CACACUUGCUCUUCUUCUCCAUCUGCAUUUCCGCCAUUGCAGCUCCUCUUCAGAUCUCUCAGGUCAGGUUGCUCUGCUUCUGCUGUAAGCUCAUAGGAAAUGGAGGCGGAAAUAGAUGCUGAUACACAAUUGGAUUAUGCUGAAUUUCACAUUUUUCCGUCCCACAACAGGUAUGAAGCGCAUGUUUCCGGAGAUGGCGUAUUUGAAAAGUUAGCAGCUGGACCCCUAGAACCCCUUUUGCCACAUUUUCUGGAAGUAAGAGAAUUAAACUCUAGGGGAUCAACUGCAAACUUCAAACUCCAACUUCCAGAAAGCCUGGAUGGUGCAGCAUGGUUCACCAAAGCAACUUUAAGCAGAUUCUUACAAAUUGCUGGUUCACCAGAUGUUAUAUAUACUGCUUCUACUCUCAAAGAUGAAAUAUCUCAAUUGGAAGAAGCCAAGAAGUUUCACGUUUCUUUAUAUGGCCAGCCUGAAGUCGAGAUUGCAUCACCAGAUUCUUCAAAGAACGAACUUUUGCGGGCUAUGGACUUGAGGCUCACAGCAUUAAGAGGGGAACUAGCUGCAGCUUUUAGCAAGACUUGCCAUGUUUCCUUCUCCUCUAAAGAGGUCACAGAUUUAGCAAAGUUUUCUCAACAUUUUGGAUCAAUAGAUUUCAGGAAUAUUUUCUGCAAGUGUUUAGAACAGCAUCAAGAAAGCAAGACUGCUGACCCCUUAAAUGAUGACAAAUUGUCAUCCACAUACAAUUCUAGAAAUGGCAGUAUUGAUGAGACAGAUGGAAAUCCUCAGAUAUCAAAACCGAUGCAUAGUGCUACACCAGUAAAAUAUGGUGUUUCACCUGCAAAAGCUGCCCAGGUUGAGAGACAGAGUUCAACUGAAAGUGGGGAGUCUUCUGAAUCAAGUGAUGAGGACCAAAGAUCUGCAGAAAGAAGUCGAAGUCUUAUAAGAAGCGCGACACCUAGAAGGUCGGCAUCUCCGAUGCGGAGGGUUCAAAUAGGGAGAACUGGGUCGCGCAGGGCUGCUGCAUUAACUAUCAAGAGCCUAAACUAUUAUCCAUCUAGGGAAAAAACUUUUUCUAAUGAAGAUGGUGAAUCCGAACACUCGAAUAAGAAACCUGAGUUUAAUGUCCAAAGGAUGAGUGUUCAAGAUGCAAUUAGUCUCUUUGAAAGCAAACAGAAGGAUCAAGGUACAGAAGCUCAGAAAAGGAGCUCAUUAACAAAUAUCUCUGCAGUUCCAAAUAAAGCUGUAUUGAGAAGAUGGAGUUCAAGUGCGGGGGAAGCUUCAACCCAAUGCCAAUCAGAAAUUGUGUCUGGAGACUGUACUCCUGUGACCUCCAAUGGUAUAUCAAAUGGUGAGACUCCAAAAUGUUCAGAGGAAGUGAAAUCAGAAUCUGACCCUUUACCUACUGGUCAGAACACUAUUGAAACUCCGAAGGUUGAUGUCAACCAAGAAAGAUUGGAGAAAAAAUCAGUGCCACUUGACAUUCAUGUGGACAGUAGCAUAACUCAGGGUGCUAUUAGAAGAUCAACAGCAUCGAGUGAGUGGAAUCAAGAGAAGGAAGCUGAACUGAACCAGAUGCUGAAGAAAAUGAUGGAAAGCAAGCCAGUUAAAUCUACAAAGUCACAAGCUAGCAGGAACCCAAGCAUUCCUGCUGAAAAUAGAGGUGGGUUUUAUGACCACUACAAGGAGAAGAGAGAUGAGAAACUACGAGGAGAGAAUUCUAGAAAGCGAGCAGAAAAGGAAGCACAGUUCAAAGCCAUGCAGCGGAUUCUUGAUGAAAGGAAAGCAGAAAUGGCAUCUGCAAAUGUGAAUGAUAGUGAUAAAAAAUGUGUGAAGAAGCCCCAAAAGUCAAUUGGCAAAUUACCUCAACCAGCAAAUCCCAAGAAAGAAACUUUAAAACCUUCUGUUCCAAAGAAGGUUUCACCUAGAACAUCACCCUUGCCUGCUACACGCAAGUCGUGGCCAUCAACACCAACACCAAGAGCCACAGGGGUAUCACCAGCUAAAACUCCUGUUAGUACCUCUUCUGCCAGCACUACUCCAACUCGUCAAAAACCCAAGCCUACACCACCUUCUGCUAAAAUUGAGAGGCCCCAACAGAGAAAGAGAAAUGUGAAGGAAUCUGUGAUUAGUAAUGAUAGAAGCUUGAAGGGAGUGACUGAGAAGCAGCAGCAAGCAGUCAGAAAGACUGGAAAAACAACAAAACCAACAAAAUCAACAGUAGUGACAACUUCUGGUGAUUUUUCUGGUAUAAUUCCAGCAAAGGCCAACAAGUCAACCAAAAAAGCAGUGUGGUCCCAGUGGAAUCAAAACCUUUUCUCCGCAAGGACAAGAAAUGCUUCUCAAUUAGAUGAAUCUUCGAGAAACAGCAAAAAUGUGGUUGAAACUCAAGAAGCUGAGGUGGUUGGUAGUGCUUCAGACCCUGUGAGUCAGCAUCAAGGACCGGAUGUUAUGUCAGUGGGUUUCCCUGAUGAUGUUGUAGAAUCAAAAGCUCCAAUAAAUGAUAAUCUGACAUGUGAUGAGACACAGGAGAUUGACCCAGUUUCUGCUGAUAGUAAUGAUGACGUUAAAGAUGUUGCAGAGUCAACAACAAAAAUUCAAGUUGAAGAAGAAUUACUCAUCUCCCCUAGAGCUUGGGUGGAAAUCGAGGAGCAUCAGGCCAUGUCCCCAUAUAAUCACAGCAAGUCUCAACUUAUCACUUCAGCCAAUGUUGCACCAACUGGACUGUCAAGUCCUCGUGUCCGUCAUUCUUUGUCCCAGAUGCUGCAAGAAGAAAGCAAUGAACCAGAUAACAUCGAGUGGGGGAAUGCAGAGAACCCUCCGGCUAUAAUAUUCCAAAAAGAUGCACCAAAAGGACUGAAGAGGCUCCUGAAGUUUGCUAGGAAGAGUAAGGGAGAUGCAAACAGUACCGGUUGGUCUAGCCCAUCAGUCUUCUCAGAAGGAGAGGACGAUGACACUGUACUCAGAAAGGCUUCACUUCAUGCAAAGAACUACGGGCAACAAAAGACAUCCUUAGGUGAAGGUUAUGAUGCCCGCGACCUAUACUCUGCUCAAUCAAAUAUCAGCAAAUUUGACGCGCAGAGUUCUUCUCAUAAGUACCAAGAGAGCCGUGACAUAGCUGCAGCACCGACAACUAAAGCACCAAGGUCAUUCUUCUCUCUUUCAGCAUUUAGGGGAAGCAAACCAAAUGAGAUGAAGUUUCGUUAAUGCUAGCAAUGGGCAUAGAGUAAGGGAGUGAUGGUUGAUAUAUGCCACUUUGGCCAUUGCAAGUCAGGUGUAGCUGAACUUUUCGACUCUGUUCUUGUUCUGCACUGUCUUUGUGGUCUUGUAGCAUGUAUCAACAUGUGCAGGGAUGAGUCAUCCCAAUACUUUUGUAAUCUAUCUCUUUCAUUUUCAUUCACAUUUGUAAUAUUCUAUUGAUGGGUCUUUUUCUGUUCAUUCAAACAGACCCAUAUUAACCCCCUAUGCUUAGAAUAUCAAACAACUACAGGUUACUAUUUUCC